GCUAGUAACACCUUCCCCUGUCCAUUGGUUGCUUAAAAUAGAUUCUGAUUUCACCUUACCUUAUAUUACUGGAUGCUACACUGACCAGUAGCCAGUACGUAGACUUGAGGUGAGAGUGAAUCAGUAGCUGAACAGAAAGCCUAAGGAGACAGUCUAUCAUCAGCAGCCAAAGGACUGAGACAACACAACAUACACUGGGGAAGUUAGAAGCCUAAGGAGACAGUCUAUCAGCAGCCAAAGGACUGAGACAACACAACAUACACUGGGGAAGUUAGAAGGGCACAAUGGAUCGGAGAAGAAGUGUGGUAACAGGGUUAAACAGAGUGAAGCUAUCGUCUUUAGAUAAGCGGGAUGCACAAAGAGUGCUUGAAACGUACAUGAAACGAAGUUUGAGCAGCGGUAGCCAGUACCAACAGAAACAGAAAUUUGGGCAGAAAGUGAAUGUUCAGAGGUCAGUUAGUGACUGCCACAAAACCCCUGAAGGCCAAUAUAACUAUAAAUCUAAAAAGCACAAAGGACCUCCGAUACAUAAGUCUAAUGAAGAUGUAAGGAAACAGCAUGAAAUUGGCAAUGAAAAAACCAUGCCAAGCAUCUGUGAAAAUGCAAUAGACAGGAAUACUUUUACAGACACUAACAAGGCGCUUAGUUUACCAGCAGUCAAGAAACAAUCUUGGUUAAAGAAUGUUUUGAGUCGUUUAUUCAAGAGAAGAGACAACAAAAGUGAAGAAAAACAGACAUUUUAUGGCAAUGCAACUUGUAUAACUAAAGAUCCAGUUGCAUUCUCAAAUGACGGGACUUGUCGCCAGUCUAUUAGGAAAAACAGUAACCGAAGGACAAGCAUUAAAAGAGUUUUUUCCUUAAAAAAGAAUACUUCCGAAGGGUGGAAUAGUGAGACUAAAGUUGUAGACUCUGGACCAAACAAGCCCAAAAAACCUACAUCACUCCCACUGACAAACAUUUGCAGGCCAUCAAGAGGAAGUAAAAAGGAAAAAGAUUUAUUUUAUAGUAAAGUAUCUGAAGAAAUUGAGCAAAUUGUAAAAGUUUGUGAAUCAAAGAAUCAAAGUUUAGUUGGAGAUCCUAUUGAGGAUGAGGACCCUGAUACAAUAAUUACAAAACUUGUCACUGUUCUGCGCAGAGAAGGAGACAUUUGGGAUAAAAAGAUCAAAGAGGAUCCUUUCCUAUCCACCUUCUUCAGUGAUAUUACCUACAAGUCAUUCAAACAACUAGCAGAUGUCUAUGUUGAGAAGGAAGUACAAAAUAAAGCUGUGGAUGUAAUUCCUGAAGACCUGGCAUUUGCAUAUUCCAUUCAUUUCACUGCACAAGUUGCAGGCCUCUGCAGUAAUCCUGUAAACAGAAUCAUGGGAUUUGGGCAUCAAUACCUCCAAGACAAGUUUACACAGUUUUCAUUCAAUAAGGAACCCUGGGACUCUAAUGCAAUUGCUGCAGACCCAUGUCUAAGCCCUGAUUGAUAAGGAUGCUACUAUCACAAGAUCUGAAAACAUUUGCAAAGCUGCAGCAUUUUAAACAAUGAUACUUUCUGGGUCUUCAUAUAAGCUAAACUAAAUAAUUUAAAAAUAUAAAUGAUAUACAAUCAUUUAUCAAGUCAAGGAGUAACUGAAAAAUAAGCAUCUAAUAUUUUACUCUGAUGUUGGAGCAAGAGGCAACUUGCAUGACUUUUAAAAGAACAUUUGGAUAAUAACUGUUUUUACUGCGUUCUUUGGGAUGUCUCACAUUGUGUGAUUUAAAUAUAAACACUUCUAUUAGUUUGACAACCUAAAUGUGUAAAAUAUAACUACUGUGAAUAUAGAA